AUGGUGGCUGAAGGAGGCAAGCGAUUGCUGGUAGUUUCUGGAGGCGAGGAGCCACUUGAAGCUGCGGAGGAGUUGACAGAAGCAGACGACCAAAAUGAAUUUGGGGCGCAAGGAGAUCAAGACGAAGGAGAUGAAGCGUCCGAAGCUGAAGAGGAACUAUCGCCAACAGCGGGAAGAAUGCCGCAAGGAAGACUUCAGGGGCUGUCGGGUCGUAGUGGUCAGGCGAUGUUAGCAGAGCAGCGUCAAGUGAUCCGCCAGAUCGAGAUCGUGAUUGACCUAGGCCGUAAGUUCGAGAAGAACCUGACCAUCAUGCGGGAGUUGGUGAACAAGGAGAUGGAAAGGAGCCGCUCCCGAAACGAAAUAAUCCUGUGUAAGAGGAGGAUUGCCGGAAUCGACAAAAUCCUCACUCAAGUGAAAACUAGAAAUGACCAGACGGAGGCGCGCUUCCGGACGAUCUUGAAGCGCACCCUGUCCGGCGAGAUCCGUACCAAGCGAUCGUGUCACGUGCAGCUUCGGGGCCUGCUGAUAGGAUAUCGCACGUCGCUGCACAGUCUGUUCCGCAACUCGGCCGGUUUCUUGCGGAGCAUCGUCCAAGGAGUGUCCGGCGCACUGUCUCACCUCGGCAGGGGCAUCCUCGACAUAUUCAAGCUCAAGUUCCAGCCAUUCAAGUUCGCUAUAAACACCAUUACGAAUAGAGAAUCGUUCCGAAAACCCAUCGGCAGCAUUCUCUUUGGCCGCUAAAAAAAGGAAGGGAGAGGGGAAUAGAAAGAGGCAGUAAAGACAAUAGAGGAAAUAAAUAAUGGCGUACUUCGCAUC